AUGAAAGGGAUCUCGGAAGCGAAACGGAUGAAAGAGACAAAUGGUGUGGAAUCAGAUGCUGCUUUCGGCUCUACUAACGAAGUUUUGGCUUGUCUCAUCCAUCUCUAUCGCUUUGCGGAUGCAUACGAGUGCGUCAGAUUGCGCAACGACGUUAUCAGCGCCUUCAGCGACAUCGUGAAAGAUGGGAUGGUUCCCAACCCCGAAACCAUUGCUUUCGUGUUCGACAAAUUACCUCCUUCUUCUACCAUUUGUCAAUACUUCGUCAAGAGCGCUGCGCUGAAUUGGGGCCAAUACUUGGGCGCUCACCGAGCGCUACUCGAUGCUGCACAGCUGCCCCAGGACUUCUUAGUAGAAGUUGUGCACAUCAACCACAAGCUUGCAAGCAAAGGCAAAGGAAUGGAUGCAUUACGCAAGGAGAUACAAGAUCGCUGUAACUUCCAUGAGCAUGCGACCGAAGAUGAAAAGCAGCUGUGUAAGUCAAGACUGCUUCAGGACGAGCCGUUCAUAGACGCUCUUAUCUCCGCGUGCUUGGAGGCCUCUAAAGACGAGCGGACGACAUGA